UAUCACUUUCUUAAGUCACUUCUUGAAGAGGAAACAGUUAAUUAGAGCCGAAAAAGUGCAGUUCUCAAAAGCAUCAAAAUGAAAGCUGCAGCCAUCUUUUUGGCGUGCACCAUCACAUUAGCACUAGGAAGAAAUAUCCAGUUAAAUGUCAAUGGAUGUCCAGAAGAUUACACAGUCGAACAACUAUACCCUCACGAAGAAUGCCAUAAGUUUUACCAAUGUUUCCACGGAGAUCUUGUAGUACACCAGUGCGCUGCUAAACUUUACUUUAGCAUUGAAAAGCAGCAGUGUGAUUUCGCUUCUACGGUCAAUUGUGGGGACAGAAUCAUACCAAAGCCAGACGAAGACGAUGGAAAUCAGCCAGGUGAAGACAUUGGUGAUGAUGGAAACAGCACCUGCAACUGCGAUCCCGCUGAAGCUCCAUCUAUUUGCGCUAAAGAUCGUUCGGACGGCACUCUGAUUGCCCAUGUAAAUUGUAACAAAUUUUACGAAUGUGCCCACGGCUUACCAAUUACCCAGUUGUGUCCCGGAAAGCUGAUGUACAACCCGUACAAAGAGUACUGUGACUGGCCUCAGAAUGUUGAGUGUGGAGACAGAGUAAUUUCUUAUCCAGAAGAUGAGGGUGAUGAUGGUGGAAAUGACAGUGAAAAUGAAGGCGGAGACGGUGGCGAUGGAGGAAACGGUGGUGAUGGAGGAAACGGUGGCGAUGGAGGAAAUGGUGGUCAAGAAACCUGUAAUUGCAACCCCUCUGAAGCUCCAUCUAUUUGCGCUAAAGAUGGUUCAGACGGCACUUUGAUUGCCCAUGAAAAUUGUAACAAAUUUUACAAAUGUGCCCACGGCUUACCAAUUACCCAACUGUGUCCCGGAAAGCUGAUGUACAACCCGUACAAAGAGUACUGUGACUGGCCUCAGAAUGUUGAGUGUGGAGACAGAGUAAUUUCUUGUCCAGAGGAUGAGGGUGAUGAUGGUGGAAAUGACAGUGAAAAUGAAGGUGGAGACGGUGGCGAUGGAGGAAACGGUGGUGAUGGAGGGAACGGUGGCGAUGGAGGAAAUGGUGGUCAAGAAAACUGCAAUUGCGAACCCUCUGAAGCUCCAUCUAUUUGCGCUAAAGAUGGUUCGGACGGCACUUUGAUUGCCCAUGAAAAUUGUAACAAAUUUUACAAAUGUGCCCACGGCUUACCAAUUACCCAACUGUGUCCCGGAAAGCUGAUGUACAACCCGUACAAAGAGUACUGUGACUGGCCUCAGAAUGUUGAGUGUGGAGACAGAGUAAUUUCUUAUCCAGAAGAUGAGGGUGAUGAUGGCGGAAAUGACAGUGAAAAUGAAGGUGGAGACGGUGGCGAUGGAGGAAACGGUGGUGAUGGAGGGAACGGUGGCGAUGGAGGAAAUGGUGGUCAAGAAAACUGCAAUUGCGAACCCUCUGAAGCUCCAUCUAUUUGCGCUAAAGAUGGUUCGGACGGCACUUUGAUUGCCCAUGAAAAUUGUAACAAAUUUUACAAAUGUGCCCACGGCUUACCAAUUACCCAACUGUGUCCCGGAAAGCUGAUGUACAACCCGUACAAAGAGUACUGUGACUGGCCUCAGAAUGUUGAGUGUGGAGACAGAGUAAUUUCUUAUCCAGAAGAUGAGGGUGAUGAUGGCGGAAAUGACAGUGAAAAUGAAGGCGGAGACGGUGGCGAUGGAGGAAACGGUGGUGAUGGAGGAAACGGUGGCGAUGGAGGAAAUGGUGGUCAAGAAACCUGUAAUUGCAACCCCUCUGAAGCUCCAUCUAUUUGCGCUAAAGAUGGUUCAGACGGCACUUUGAUUGCCCAUGAAAAUUGUAACAAAUUUUACAAAUGUGCCCACGGCUUACCAAUUACCCAACUGUGUCCCGGAAAGCUGAUGUACAACCCGUACAAAGAGUACUGUGACUGGCCUCAGAAUGUUGAGUGUGGAGACAGAGUAAUUUCUUGUCCAGAAGAUGAGGGUGAUGAUGGCGGAAAUGACAGUGAAAAUGAAGGCGGAGACGGUGGUGAUGGAGGAAACGGUGGUGAUGGAGGAAACGGUGGCGAUGGAGGAAAUGGUGGUCAAGAAACCUGUAAUUGCAACCCCUCUGAAGCUCCAUCUAUUUGCGCUAAAGAUGGUUCAGACGGCACUUUGAUUGCCCAUGAAAAUUGUAACAAAUUUUACAAAUGUGCCCACGGCUUACCAAUUACCCAACUGUGUCCCGGAAAGCUGAUGUACAACCCGUACAAAGAGUACUGUGACUGGCCUCAGAAUGUUGAGUGUGGAGACAGAGUAAUUUCUUGUCCAGAAGAUGAGGGUGAUGAUGGCGGAAAUGACAGUGAAAAUGAAGGCGGAGACGGUGGUGAUGGAGGAAACGGUGGUGAUGGAGGAAACGGUGGCGAUGGAGGAAAUGGUGGUCAAGAAACCUGUAAUUGCAACCCCUCUGAAGCUCCAUCUAUUUGCGCUAAAGAUGGUUCAGACGGCACUUUGAUUGCCCAUGAAAAUUGUAACAAAUUUUACAAAUGUGCCCACGGCUUACCAAUUACCCAACUGUGUCCCGGAAAGCUGAUGUACAACCCGUACAAAGAGUACUGUGACUGGCCUCAGAAUGUUGAGUGUGGAGACAGAGUAAUUUCUUGUCCAGAAGAUGAGGGUGAUGAUGGCGGAAAUGACAGUGAAAAUGAAGGCGGAGACGGUGGCGAUGGAGGAAACGGUGGUGAUGGAGGAAACGGUGGCGAUGGAGGAAAUGGUGGUCAAGAAAACUGCAAUUGCGACCCCUCUGAAGCUCCAUCUAUUUGCGCUAAAGAUGGUUCGGACGGCACUUUGAUUGCCCAUGAAAAUUGUAACAAAUUUUACAAAUGUGCCCACGGCUUACCAAUUACCCAACUGUGUCCCGGAAAGCUGAUGUACAACCCGUACAAAGAGUACUGUGACUGGCCUCAGAAUGUUGAGUGUGGAGACAGAGUAAUUUCUUGUCCAGAAGAUGAGGGUGAUGAUGGUGGAAAUGACAGUGAAAAUGAAGGUGGAGACGGUGGCGAUGGAGGAAACGGUAGUGAUGGAGGGAACGGUGGCGAUGGAGAAAAUGGUGGUCAAGAAAACUGCAAUUGCGAACCCUCUGAAGCUCCAUCUAUUUGCGCUAAAGAUGGUUCGGACGGCACUUUGAUUGCCCAUGAAAAUUGUAACAAAUUUUACAAAUGUGCCCACGGCUUACCAAUUACCCAACUGUGUCCCGGAAAGCUGAUGUACAACCCGUACAAAGAGUACUGUGACUGGCCUCAGAAUGUUGAGUGUGGAGACAGAGUAAUUUCUUGUCCAGAAGAUGAGGGUGAUGAUGGCGGAAAUGACAGUGAAAAUGAAGGCGGAGACGGUGGCGAUGGAGGAAACGGUGGUGAUGGAGGAAACGGUGGCGAUGGAGGAAAUGGUGGUCAAGAAAACUGCAAUUGCAACCCCUCUGAAGCUCCAUUUAUUUGCGCUAAACAUGGUUCCGAUGGCUCAUUGAUUGCCCACGAAAAUUGUAAUAAAUUCUAUAAAUGCGCAUAUGGCUUACCAGUUACGCAAUUGUGUCCGGGACAACUCUUGUACAACCCGUAUAAGCAGUACUGUGACUGGCCUCAGAAUGUGAAAUGUGGAGACAGGGUGCUACCUGGGCCAGAAGAUGAGAAUAAUGAUGAAAAUGAAGUCGAGGAUGGUGACAAUGAAGAAAACGAUGGUGGAGAUGGCAGUGACAGUAAUGUUGAUUAUGACCCAGAAGAAGCUCCUGAAAAGUGUGCAGAAAACAAUUCUGAGGGAUAUCUGUUAGUUCAUGAAUUCUGUAAUCAAUUCUAUAAAUGUUCUUAUGGCCGACCAAUACCAUUUGUCUGUCCCGGUAACCUAAUGUAUAGCGCCAGCAAGAAGAUUUGCGACUACCCUGAGAAUGUUAAAUGUGGCAACAGAAUCGUAAUUAGAUCAUAAUUAGUUCACAAUUUCUUGUUCUUAAACAAACAUUUGCCAUGUUAAAUUAAUAUUCUAUUUAUUUCUUGUAUUCAACAUUUUAUAAU